UAGCUACCUAAGCAUUGACCCCCACCCCCAGCUGUAGGACACUAAGUUCACUAAACUCCCAUUCUCACAUAAUUGUUUUAUUAGUAGGUAAAAACUGCAAGGUCACCUUAGAUCCAAGACCUUCUUACUCUGAGUAGAUCAUUAUGCAUAUGCAGACUUAAAGGCUUGACACAGAUCUGACUUACAUUUCUGAUAUCACUUGAGAUCUUUUCCAAAUGCUUUCUGGAUUAACCCGCAGUUUGUGAUUAAGAUGAAUGAGGAGGACGACAUCGCCCUGGAUGGUCAGACAGGCUGCAGCUUCAUGGUGGACCUGAUCCAGAAGAAUCGGCGUCAGAUGAUGAAUCUUGAAAAGGCCCUGUUCUUCAUUGGGGUCACCAUCUAUAAAGUAACAUCCAUUACAACUUCCUGCAGAGAUCACUUACCUCAGUACUCAGGGCAGAAGAGUGCUUACCUAGGGCAGAAAUUCUUCCAGCGCAACACCUCGACGGCCCGCUCGAAGACCACCAACAGGCGCGAGCUGUGCAGCUACUUUCACCUGCCCCCUGGCAAGUAUGUCAUCGUCCGUCCCCCUCCCCCUCCCUUCAGACCAGACCAGAACAGAGACUUCUGCCUCUGUGUCUUCAAGACGCAGGACGACUUAAGGUGAGUGCCAGGUCAUGGACAACUUGGAACAAGGAAGCUGUUCCAGAAUCAGUAAACCCGGAUGCUCAGAAACCCCAUUGGCCAGUACGCAGCUGAAGUCAGUAGUCCAGCAUUACAAAAAGCCCUCAAAUUUUGGAAUUACAUCACAUUGAGGUGCUUACUUUGUCCAUCAAUCUCUUUAAGGCCAAUGAACAUCCUGAACAGGGAGAUCAUGAAGUGCAAGUUCUCGUUGCACCCAUAUUUGACCUUUUCCCUUCUCUUAGCAUUUACAGUUAUGGCAUUUAGCAGGCGAUCUUAGCCAGACUGACUUACCAGAGCGCUCGACUGUGGUGUUCAUAUUUUAUAGGUACAGAAAUACAUACUGAAGGGUUUAGCCUGGAGAUUGCUGCUAUAUGGUUAACCUGCUGGAUGUAUCCUGAUAAAUGGACACCAAAUAGAACCAGGACUAAUAAUACCACUAAUACCACAAAGAGACCAUUACCACUAACGCCAUUACCAGACACCAAAUAGGUUCAAGAUACUACCAUUAAUUCUACCAAGACAUUAACAAUACCAUUACUAUACAACUACUAAUAGUAAUAAUAUAUUUAACAUCUGGUCUGACAUACCAUCUCCAGUAAUUCCUGUAAUGUUAAAAACUUUUCCAGAUUGAAAAACAUGAAACGUAACAUGUAAUGUAACAUAAUUCAUUAAGGAUUAAAUUCAUUAAUUCAUUAACUUCGGCUUAUAAUUUUUCCUUACCAUUUUCUACAUUGCAUAGUAUUCCUGGUCUAGAAUAAGUGCUUUUAAAUUCCCCACUUUUCCAUACCUGCUCAAUAAUAGCAUAGUUUCUCAACAAGAACUCUUGGGAUCCUAUCCAGUCUGUGUUGUAUUGUAUAACAGCUCCCAGCACACCUGAACCAGGUAUUCAAGGGUGGUAAAAUGCCACUUUUCACGCUCAGAAAAGGAUUUAACCUCUGACCUCAGUACUGGAAGUUUAAACAGGUGGCAGAGUUUAAAUGUGGGUGUGUAUACUGCAGGAUUCUCUCCGAAUAACACACUACACCAAAUCCUGGUGGCUUACUACAGUAAACCUGAACUCAUCAUCGACUUUGAUAGCUUUGUGUGCUGCCUACUUCAUAGAGCAUGUUUAUUAAGUGCCUGAUAUAAACUGCUGAAUUAUGCUGGUUUAUUGGCCAUUGUAAUAUAUUGUAUAUUGUUUUGUGAAAAUUGAUCUGUUUAUUCUUGGAUGCAAAAAUAUUUAAGAUAUUGGACAAGAAUGGAUUAGGCGAGGUACAGUUCAACGUGGUGGAGGUUUGUAGUCAGUUCUUUAUAAUUUUACACACACAAACUGGCUCCUCCUACUAAUUCAGAAACCCUAGGUACUACAGUGAAAUGUUUACUAUCUGUACAGGUUUAAUUACAGUACACUGGAGAGAGUGAGUGAGUGAGAGUGUCCGUCCGUCCAGGCUUCCAGAGGAGCAUAACAUUGCUUAACUGUUCUGUCUCCAUCUAGUGGUUGAGUGUGACUUUGUUCUGAAAGAGGCCCAUUACAGGUCCAAGCCAGCUAAGCAGUGCUAUCUAACAAGAACCAGCACAACCUUAAGGACAUUCACAAAAUGCAGCGAAAAAGAUGUAAAACACAGCAAACUAACUCGGGAUCAUCCUAAUAUGACAUGUGUAGAAUUCACUAUAACCAGGAGAACACUCCAGUUUUGAACAGUAUAAGAAAAGAUUUUCUGUUCAGUGUUUGCUACAGUGAAUACUACUACUGAUGAAACACAGUCAACAUGGCAAUGUCUAAUUAGAGAUUAUUUUUAAUCAUGUUAUUGUUGCAAUAUCUUUCAUUAUCAUCAAUGGAACAAUAUUUUCUUCUGUAUUAUCUUACUGUGCUUUGGUUUAAUAUAUAUUCAAAGUUUCAUCUGCAAAGAAAAAAAAACUAAUCAAGAACAUAAAAUUAAAUAGAUAUUUUAUUAAAAUAAAAAGACAAAAAACAAAAACAGAAGUGCUAGCGCAUUUUGCAAACAAAGGUCAAGGCCGAAAAGACGCGAGUGCGAGUAAGGAGCGUCUUUUUUUUUAGCUAGCUCAGAUAAACAAUUAGAAUCCUUUUCCCCAGUAUAUUUGAGGCACUAAUUUCUUUGAUAAAUUCUUCUAAACCUUCAUGUAUGCUUGAUCCAGUCCCUACUCAUUUACUCAAAGAACUAGUGCCUAUUAGUAUAGAACAUGCUUACUAUAAUGAACUGUUCUCUUGGCCUGGGUUCUGUUCCCAAAUCAUUCAAACUGGUGGAUAUUAAACUGCUAAUUAAAAACACUAGUCUUCAUCCACAUCUUUUUCUUUGCGUGUGUGUGUGUCCCAGAGAAUAUUUUAGGUUUAUUAUAUUUUAUAUUUCCUGAUUUGCAGAGAUUAUAUAAUGUCCUUCAUCAGGUAAACUUAGAAUUCUCAAUUUGAAUAUUAAUGUUUAUAAAUGAAGAUUAUUUUUCCAAAUUUAUGUAGACUUCUGCUCUGUUACUGACCUGUUUGACAUGUAGUUGUUUUAAUAUCAUAUUCAAACUCAGUGCAGCCCUCUUCAAUGUGUGUGAUAAGUUAUUUCCAUGCGUGUUCUUGCUAGGAACAAAUGCGUGCAAUCUCUUUUUAAAUAAAAACACACUUAUCUAAAUAAGUAGCAAUAGCUCUAUUACUGAGAGGCCCCAUGAUGAUUAGUGACAUGUGUUACUUGCUGCUGAGUUAUAAUUUAACACCUACCGCUCACCAGCUGGAUUCAAAGCAAUGUGGUAAAUACUGAUCAAUUCAAUCGUUGACGUGUUUUCGGGCUAGCCAUUCAACAGUUUGUAUAGUGGGAGGCUUCAUUGUUCUCAAAGAUAAGUUUCCAUUUUCAUUUAAACCAAUAGUUACUCCAUGCAGGUUCUUUGGAAAUCCAUGUUUUCUGCAAGAGUUUUAACUUCUGUGGAAGUUGGACUAGUCAUUCUAGGAUAAAGACUUCACCAAUAUAUGUGCAUGUUCCACAUAUGCCUGGUCCAGAUGUUUGAUGUUAAUGGCUUUCAAAGCUAUUGCUUUUUCUGUACUGUAUACCCUUUCCCCCUUUAAUCUCACAGACUACAUCUAACCUAACUCACCUGAAGCUAAGUUUUGAUCUGCCUUCUCAUAAGCACUCAUCUGUGCUAUACCUCAAGAACUCAAGUUCUUCUGUGUCAUUGGAUGACCACUUAAACUUUGUGGAACAUGUCAAAUCUAUUACCAUCUAGACACUUUCACUAGAUAUUAAAAUGUUCCUGCAGGGAUUUGAUUAAAUUCAGCCAAAGGAGAGUUAGUGAGGUCAUGAGGUCAGACAGGAGUGGUACUCAAGUUCAGUCCAAAUGUAUAAAAGAUCCGGGUAGCAAAGUGUGACUAACCACUUCUCCAGACUGAGGUUAACCUUUUUUUCCAGGUUAAAUUCGCAGCAGGCAUGGCAACUUGAUGAACUCAUUAGGAGUUUGCAUUUAUAUUCCCUGGAAAUACUACAAUUUAAUACUAGUCAAAAUAGACCUGCCCGAGGUGAGCUCAUCUAAGAUUGCUUGAUUGCCACACAUGCUCUGUUCUCCCCUGCCCAGACCUGCCUGUAACUUUUCACAAUAAGGCUGUCUUAAUGCUUUCUGUGGAAUGGUGUCUCUGAGAAAAUACCACCUUGUAUAUGUUUGUGCUGUCCUAUCAAAUGUUCUUUGGAAUUCCCUGCUUCUGGCAGAACUGUAACUUCCAAGGAACUUGCACCAGUUAUUCCACAAUAAAUAUUUGACCACCAAAUGCCCAUUUUUCCCAUGUGCUUAGUCAAACCAGUGUUAGAUGUCCUCAUAGGAUCUGUUGAAUGGCAACUCUCUUGCCUACACUGAUGCAAUACAGUGGUAUUGCUUUGAAAUUUUGAAAUGGUUUCACACACCCCCCGACUCUGCUUGAGAGUCCAGUGGCUGCCUGCUUUCCACCACUCCAUCCAACACUUGGUUCUGCCAUAGAAACCCAGGCAGAAGAGAGACGGAUGUCAUGAACUGACUUAGUACAACGGUUGCAUCCUAUUACAGUAUCACACUUGAAUUCAGUGAGCUCUUUAGGACCCAUUCUUUCACAAAUGUUUGGAAAGACUGCAUGGCUCCCUCUAUUGGACGUUUUUUCUGUUUCAAAUAAAAUUGAUUUAUCUAUAACAACUCUUUGAAUUAAAGCACUUUGAAUUGCUGUCAAGUAUGAAAAGUGCUAUAUAAAUAAACUUGUCUUGACCAUCAUAUGUGCUUCUUAACAGCCCUGAUAUGCAAUCCCUGUUGGCUGCCCCUGGUGUACCAUCACUGGGGUCCUUUGCAUACAUCCAAAUCAAAACAAAACAGGUGGAGGUCAAACAUCCAAACCAAACAAGGGGUAGAAGAUAUCUUGCUUGAGGGAAGACAGAAAAAGUAGCUGUCGGAUGUUCCACCCCACAGUGGGGCUCUCUCCGAACGGAUCUCCAGAUAGAUCAGAGAGCACAUUUUACCACACAGGCUUUAAGUUGCAAACUAACCUGGGAUUGUCAAACUUUCACUGGCCACAGUAUUCCAAAUCAUGUGGAGGAAGUGGAGAGCCAAUGAAGUUCAGGAAAAACAAAUUAGACAAAGCAUGCCAACAAAGGCCUUCUGCUCUCAAUAGCAUAUAGGGUGAGCUGAAGGACACUCCAAAGACUGGAGAAGUCAACUCCCAUGUCUUAGGCCAACAGACACUGACGAACUGAGCAAAACCCCUUCCCCCCGGUAUAAGGCGAGUCUGCUAAGACAAAGGGCAGGCUGAGCAGGUGCGUCUGUGCAUGUGCAUAUGGAAAACAUGUUUAGCACAAGACCUUAAUAAACCAUACUUAAUAUUUAGUAUAGUUUGUUACAUUACUGUACGCAAAAUAUUUAAGACAUUGGACAAGAAUAAAUCAAAUUAGAUUGAGUUCAAAAUUAUGGGAAUUUAGUCAUAUCCACAGUCGUCCAAACUGCCAAAACAGCUCCUAAGUGUACCACCUCCCUCUAGUGGUUGAGGAGAACUGCAGGCCUUGCACUACUUUGCCCAGCUUUUAGGAUGCCCAUAGUACACAGUUAAAAAGGAACACAAAACAAGCGGAUCCAGAACCUUUCCUCCCAGUUGGACUAGUUUAAAAGUAGACUAUGAGUACACCAUAAGAGAUAUCAGUGCAGUGUUAUCAAUGCCACCAAAAAUAUCUGCCAUU